AUGGGUGGCGCAGAGAUCAACGUUGCCUACGAUGGCACGUUCGGCGACCUCAGCGCUGCUGGGGACGCCGAACUCUUCGGCUACAGCAGCGGCAGCUACGACUUUGAGCUCAUGGGCGACAACGGCUUCACUGCCAUCAACAGCAGCGACUCCAACGUUGGCGGCACCAUCUCUCCAAAGGACCUGCACAACGACUCGGUACCACCGUCAACAUCCUUCACCAAUCUUACUACUCCCGGCUCCACUCUGCUUGAUACACCGGACGACUACCAGACCUCACCACUCUUCACCGAGGAUAUGGGAGCCAGCAACGGCUGGUUCUCUCUAUUCCCCGAGGACAACAAUGAUGUCGCGAUGCCACCAAAGAUGGAGCGCACAACUUCAAACCACAUUAUUAUCCACCCAGGCGGAGAUGGCAAUGCACGCAAGCGCAGCUCUACUACAACAUCACCAACUCCUUUCAGCUCUAUCGUGAAGCACUCACAGGUCGCUGGUGUUGGUGCCCGUAAGCGAGACAAGCCACUUCCACCUAUUGUCGUUGACGAGGGCGACACCGUUGCCCUCAAGCGAGCUCGCAACACCGCUGCGGCCCGCAAGUCACGAGCGAAGAAGGUGCAGGAGCGUGACGACCUCGAGGGACAGAUCGCAGACCUACAGGCACAGGUCGAAUACUGGAAGAACAGGGCGCUCAGCGGCACUGCCGACGAGUAA